ACCCAAAAUCAGUUUCGGCAGCCCUGCUCUGUGAUUUUGUUACUUGGGUAACGUGAUCGCAGUCUCGCCCCUCCUUGUUUUUGUGGUUAAAGGGCGCAGCAGUACCCAACCACCCCGCUCCCUCUCUCUGUAUCCCGCACGGAAAUGCGCUCAGAGAGUGGCAACGCAUAGCAUUACAAGGAAGGAGCUGCGUGAAGACAAGACAAACUCAUUCUCCUCGGAAUGAGCUGUUACAGGAACUCCUUCCACGGGCUCGGGGCGCUGAACGCGUGAGAAGAAAAAGGCUGCAGCACAAGUCGGACAUCAUCUCUGCGGUAAGAAGACUUGAAAAAAAGUUUAACAUCCAUGUCCAUCACCGAGCUGAGAGGCUGUUGACAGGGACGUGAAAAAGACAAGAGAGGAAAGGACGAAGGGAGGUAGCGGUAGAGAAUAAGAGCAAGCGCUCAAAAACAGAGGGAGAGCAGGGGCCGAGGAGGAGAGGAUGGAGGCUCUGGUUCCUGUGCUGAAGAGUCACCCAGGCGCGUCAGUGCUGGUGUUUACUCUGAUGUUCAGGGUGAUCCACCGGUUGCUGCAAAGGCUGCCUGUGCCCAAAGUGGUGAGGCAGGAUGACUUCAGUACCUGGAAGUGGAAGAACCUCUCCGUCUCAGUGGUGCACUCUCUGCUGACUGGGACAUGGGCCCUGACCUGUGUGGCGGUUUGGCCCGAGAUGUUGAGCAACAUUUACUCUUACCACACGCCCCUAUCCUACCUGCUUGUCUGCAUCUCAACAGGAUACUUUGUGCAGGAUGCAGGUGAUAUUAUCCUGACAGGACAUGCUAAAGCAUCAUGGGAAUUCCUAGUCCAUCACGUGGUGGUGAUCUCGUGUUUCCUGUACUCCCUCUACACUGAGCUGUAUGUAGCUGGCGCUGUAACCGCUCUCUUUGUGGAGGUCAACAGUGUUACCCUCCACCUGAGGCUGUUGAUGAAGCUGGCGGGAGCUCAGUCCUCCUCCAUGUACCACAUCAACAAAGUUGUCAACAUCCUUACCUACAUCCCGUUCCGCAUUGGCACCCAGGCCUACCUCACCUGGUACAUCAUCCACAACUACGCCUGGCUGACCAAUGGUUUAUUCUUCCUCAUCUCCAUGAUCGUGAUGGAUAUUAUGAUCCUGGUUUAUUUCUACCGCCUGCUCCGUGCAGACUUCUUUCCCCGGAGUAAGAAAUCUGUGGGAUACAACGGGACGUAUAACAACAACUCCAAAAAGUUUCCCUGUGAUUGACUGGGGAAGGUUUACAUGCCUAUAGGCUAUUGUGUUGUUAUUUAGGUUGGGAGUUUACACAUUGUGUCUUAUUGCCAAAGAAGCCCUCCCAAAAAAAAAAAAAAAAAACAAGAUGCAGCCUUGUUCAGAAAUGUUGAAAAAUUCAGAAAUGUAGCACUUUUACUAUAUAUAUUAAAAUUGUUUUUUAUGCAUCGUGUAAAGGAAUAGGUCAACAUUUUGGGAUUUAUGUUAAUUAGUUGCUUUUUUGGAAAGAAUUAGAUAAGACAAUUGAUAUUUUUUUAUUGUCAUUGACACUUUCAUGUCUGUACUGAAGCUACACCUGCAGCUAGUUAGCUUAGCAUGUAGAAUGGAAACAGGGGGAAACAGCUAGCCUGGCUCUGUCCAACGAUAAAAAAAUCCACCCAUUAAACCACAAGUUGUCUUAUUACACUUUGGUUUAUGUAGAAAUUAAACAAACAAUGCACGUGUUAAAUAGUGAGCUUUAGAGGUGCCAGUAGGCAGAUUUGGUGCAGAGCCAGGCCUUGUUUCCAGUCAAACUGGUAAUAGCUGUAACCUUAUAUCUGGAGUACAGACAUGAGUGGUAUCAAUCGUUUCAUAAAACUCUCAACAACAGAUUACAAAAAGCAUACUCCCGUCAAUUUCAAACUAUAAAUUUUAGCAUCAUAUAACCUCAAAGGAGUAGGUAGACAUUUUGGGAAAUACCCCUUUUCACUUUCUUGAUUGAUACCACUCUCAUAUCUGUAGGCUACAGUAAGCUAAACAUGAAGCUACAGCCGACAGACAGUUAGCUUAGCUUAGCAUAAAGACUCGAAACAGGGGGGAACAGCUAGACUCUCUCCGUACAGAGG